AUGCAAAACUGCGACAAGUACGAUCCUGAUAACGUAUUUAAAACCUUUGAACUGAUUGAAUUUCCCAUAUGUUUCGUAGGUUUAACCAUUUCAAAACAGAUUAAAGUGGAAAGAGAUCUGUAUACGUCUGCAUAUUUCAAAACAAUGCAUGAAGGGACAUUAAAGAAAUUCGAAGAGGCUCGCGAAGUAUCCGCAUCACAUAGAGCUUUUAUUAUAACGAUAAUAGACAAUCAUACAAUAGAAAUAACUUUUAAACCUACCAAUGAAUGCAUUGUGGGACCUAAACAAUUAAAAAAUAAUGAUAAUAGAUUUGUUGUCGAUUUGCGACUAAUACAUGUAGAUGGAAUAAGAUGUUGUAAUAAUGAAUGGCAUGCAGAAAUUGGAAGAUACUACAUUAGUGGUCAGUUUGAAUACAUUAAAAUGUCACACAAACCUAAAGUCUUAGAUUUCGGUGAAGUCUCACUAAAUAAAAAAAUGACGACACAUUUAAUAAUACGGAACGAUUCUAAGUUCACAACAGCGAAGGUCUAUUAUCUGAAAUCAGUCAGCUUUGAAGUAUUGCCGCAAGUAUUUUGUAUAAAACCUGCCUCAUAUCAAGAAGUACUGAUUACCGUAAAGCCUAAUAGUCUAAAAGUGGACAAUCAAAUUGAAUUUCGUAUAACAAACCCGAAUGAAAGCAUUUAUAAACCAACAACAAAUAAGAAUCCUGAAUACAAUGACAAUAUAAUACCUUACAAAAUAUCAUGCAAAGUAAAAGUUAUUUGCUCACAAAGAUAUCGUCCUCCACUCGUUAAGUCAUUGCACACGUUACAACAUGAACCGAACCCCUCCUAUACUUAUAUCGAAGAUGAGUUAUCUAUACUUAAUGAACAUAAGAAAAAAGCUUUUGAAUUUUUGAUUGUUUGUAAAAUGUCAGCUUUAACUAAAGAUGUAUCUGAAAAUAGGAUUAUAGAAAAAGACCAGUGUUAUAUCGAUGUAGGGAAUAAACCAAACAUACCGGGAAAUAUGUUUUGUAAACCAAUUCCUAGAACGCUAUCAAUUUAUGAUGUCUUCUUCAUAUUACCCCAACCUACAGUCGUUGACUUUGGACGAGUUGGAUUAGAAUCUUAUGCUGAAAAUGAAAUAACUAUUGAAAAUAAUAGCAUGUGUGAUAUCACGCUAGAUUUUUUUCAAAGUGAAUACAUUUAUUACACAGAAAGAAAAGAACGUACUUUACAUGUAAAGUUGAAGGCAAUGAAGGAAAUGAAAUUAAUUUUAUUCUGUUUUGGUCAUUUGGAAGGAAACUUUGAUGAUUAUUUUGAAUAUACUAUAAAUAAAAAAUAUUAUCGACAACAUUCAUAUACUCUUCAAAUUGGUAACGCAUGUCUUAUGUUAUCAGAUAAAAGCUUAAAGUUUGGUAUGGUCACCAUGGAAGCUUUUAUUACAUCACUUCCGAUAAAAAUGCAUAACUAUUUUAAUGUUACCGUAGACUUUACUUGGAAUACUCCAAAUGAUGACAUGCCAUUCGAAGUAGUUCCAAGCUCAGGCUCACUCCCAGGAAAUACCUGCAGGAUGUGUAAUGUUAUAUACAAUUGUAGACCAACAAAAGCGAAAAUUUUUGAAAUCGACUUAAACUUGGAUAAGAAAGUGAUUCCUGUGGAACUUUAUAUCGUAACUCGCAAACUUUCAAUUAAAUUCUUAAAAACUGCUUUAGCAUUAAAUGACAUAGCCUUAAAUUUAGAAACAGUUGAGAAACUCAAAUUGGAAAAUUCUUCAAGAGAAGUUGCUUUCUUUUAUGUGGUCGAACCUCUUUUACCCGGGAUUAAAGUAGAGCCUAUGAGUGGAGUGAUAGGACCAAAGAUGAUAAUACCUUUUGACGUUAUUGUGAAGAUUUCUUGUGUAAUAGAGUUUAACUUUGAUUUGGUGCUUAAAAUUAAUAACAAAGAAAAUGUUGUGGUGCCAGUAAGCGGCAAUGUGGUGGAACCGAAAUUGAACAUUCAACCAAAAAAUGUUUACAUGUCACGAAUACCAUGCAAGAUGUUAACUUAUGUACAAGUAGUCCUACAAAAUACAUGCAACGUCAAAUCAGAAAUAGAGGUAAUUGACAGUGAUGAUGAAAUUUUUAAUGUCUAUUAUAACAAAGGUAACGAAAAAUGUAGGCUCACGAAAUUCGAUAUUGAAGGAGGACAAUCUAAAACAAUUUUUAUACAAGUCCAAGGAACAUUCAGAAGAGAAUAUGAUUUUUAUAUGCCUUUUAGAGUAAACGGAUUAAUAGGCCCUCCUGACAGUAAUUCUCAAUCACACGAUCUUCGUUACUACAUCGAAAAGAACGUGGAAUUAUACGAGAACAAUCCGAAAGUAAAAAUAAAAUCGAUUAAUAAAGAAAUCAGUUUUUGCCGCAUCAACGGUGUAAUAAGUUUACCGCAGCUAGAAUUUUCCGUUGAUAAUUUUGAAAUAUUUUACAAAAUGAAUGCCAACAACAGUAUUGAAUUUACUAUGAAAAAUGUCUCUAAACAGACUUUGCACAUUACAAUAUUAAUUUCAAAAAUUGCGCCAAACUUUUCUCUUAAUCUAACAUCCGAAGAAAAUCUACUAAUGACAUCUGAAAAUUAUCUCAAAUUCGAAUUGAUUACAUUAAAGGCUGCUAAUUUUUGUUUGAAGUUUCAUCCUAAAGGACCUGGCAGAUUUGUAUCUGUUGCUUUGUUGUAUCUUGGUACAAAUACCACACCUUAUUACAACUUAACAUUUGUUGGAGUUAAUGAAAUGCCUACCUUAAUACCAAGCAAAUCUCGCAUAACAUUUCCUGCGACAUAUGUUGGGAAAACUUUGUUUAAUAUUAUAACUUUUACACUCGAUAUUGAAACAGAUUUGAGUUCAUUUUCAUUUGCAUCGAAUAAGCAGAUGUUUGUAACAGUAGAAUUAUUGGAUUAUGAAAUUUUAGAAAACGAUACAACUAAAAAAUAUACAUCUAUAAGAGCAAAGAUAUCUGUUUAUAGUGAAAAACCAAUAGUUGCCACUUCGACGGUUACAUUUAGACAUUCUAGUGGAUCGAGUUGUGAUAUAGAAAUCAAAUUUUGUUUUACUUACUGUCCCCUCACGUUACAUGUAGAAACAAUGGUGCACUAUGAAGAUAAUCCUUACCCAUAUUAUCCUGAAGAAAUUCAAAUUGAUCUCUAUAACUAUAUGGAAAAAAGUUCUCAAUUUCUUGAAAGGUGGAUGUUUUACCAAGGAUUUAGAAAGGAAUUGUAUCCCAAAAUUCCCGAAACUCUUAAUGCAUUGUCAAUUGCUAUGACGUCUCAAGCUAAAGAAAAAUCUAAAGGGAUCAAUGUUUCAUAUCUAAAUUUUAUUAAAAGGAUUGCAGGACCAUUACUAAAGCACAUACAUAAAGUGGAAGUGUUUGACGCAGAUGAAACAGUAAGGCAAGUGAAAGAUAUUCAUGGUGUUUAUGGAGAAAUUAUUAAGUUAUUAAAAUCUCGCGGAGCUAACAUAUGGGCAUUGGAGGCAAAAUUUCUUUUAAGUUACGACCAAUUCGUUAUAUAUGUGACAAAUGUACCGCCAAAAAAUAAUGCUGAUAAAUUUUUCAUACAAGAAAUUUUAAGUGAUGUGACAUUGUUUAAGAGAUUGAACAAACAAUGUUGGAUAGACUUUAUCUUGCAAAGCUAUAAGGUUUUCAUAUUAGACAGCUGCUUUUUUGAUUGUGUUUGCGUUAGUUCACAGCCAAGAGAUAUAUUAAAUACAUUAAUUAAUUGGUACAAUGAUCAGCUAAGAGCACAUUAUGCACAAUGUCUUAAAGGUGAAACGGUUAAAUGUAUCAAGAACAUCACAACCGACUUGUGUGACGGUAUUGCUAUUAUUGCAGCAUUUUUAAAUCACUGUUCGUUUCUAAAAGAUCAUUUCUCAAUAUACAGUAAGGAAAACGAGUGUAAAACUAAUAAUGGAAAAAUUAAUAACGCUUGUCUCAUUAUUGAAGCUAUCAACCAAUUACGGCUCAACUUUCCAAUAGGCAGUUUAGAUUUUCUUGAACCAAAUUUUUUACAAAUGUUUUUUUUAUCUAUUACUUUGUAUGUCGCUUUGCCUAUGUUUAAACCAAAAGACAUCAUCAUAUUUAAUCCGCCACUUCUGAAAAGUUCCACAAGAAAAGUUUCGAUAAAUCCAGCAAGUCAAGAAUCUUUAACCCUUGCCUAUUUUCUGCUCGAUAAUUCAAAGAACACUUUUAGUGUUGAAAAAAUAGCUGCAGGUGACAGUGGUAAAAAAGUUGCUGUAAAUGUUACUUACAAUGCGAAUUUUGUUGAUGAAUGUAAAUCCAUUCUUUUAGUACAUGGAUAUAAUAAAACACGAAUUUUCGAUACUUACAUAGUAUUUAUGCUCUCCGGAAGAGUAGAGACCUUCGCACCUUUAAGAAAGUGCAAAGUUUCUGGCCCUAAUUAUAGACAACAAAAAGUUGAUGUAUUCGUAUCGUCACCCUUUACAGCAACUACUACAUUUAGAAUGUUUGUAUUAGACGAAGAACCUUUCAUACCUGUAGUGCUUGAAGAAAAUCCAAAACGUAAAUUUUACGCAACACGACUUCAUCUUAUUGAUAAAAAUGUAACAUUAUCUGGUAUGCCUAAAGAAAGUGGACAAGAAGUUUUGGAGCACAAGUUACAUUUCCUUCUGAUCUGUUUAAAUGCUCAAAUAAGCAACACAUGGAUAUGGUUUAAAAGUAAUAUUGGAGAAUUCUUUAUAAAAGUAACAUCACAACCACGAUGUGACAUAUUUCUCGAUACGCUAUUUGUUAAAGUUCCCGAAUGGCCGAUACCGCCGUGCAGCUGCGGGGCAGAAUGUGAAUGCUACCGGACUACUCUUCUGAUGAUACCACAUCGCAAUGAUAUAAUGAUAAAAUCGUUACGUGGAGCAUUAAUAGAAAGGGCUUCUGAAAAGAUGAUUGAGAUAUUUGAUCAACUAAUAGAGACAUCAACAGGAAGAAUUAUUCUUGGCAUGCUUUUAGCAGAAGGCGGUACGAAUAUGCCUGAUGUGCAACAUAUCCUGCGCAAUGAGACCUCGUUUCGUGUGACGGCACGCUCGCUUGAGCCGCGAGUCGACCGAGUGACACUGGCCCAGCACACAGAAGACACUCUAGCCCUUCCGAUAACGGUACCCGUGUGCGAUAAACCUGAGAAAUUCUCAGUCACUUUCACCUCAGAAUGUGGUAUGGACGUACGCACAUAUAAAGUCGUAUUCACUGAGAAUGAGUAA